UUCCAACCACUCAAAAUCAACAAACACAAAUAAUUGUCAAAUUUAUUAAAAUUGUUAAAUUUCGCAUUUUUACUGCCGUUGUUUGUGCAGUAAUCAAAUUAGGUCAUCCAAACUAAACACAAUAUGGAGGAGUAUUCCCGUGAACCUUGCCCAUAUCGCAUUGUCGAUGACUCUGGCGGAGCUUUUGCCAUGGGCUGCAUUGGCGGCGGCAUCUUCCAGGCCCUCAAGGGAUUCCGGAAUGCCCCACAAGGAUUGAGUCGUCGCCUCAUUGGCAGCAUGGCGGCUGUCAAGUCACGUUCACCGGUGAUCGCUGGUAACUUUGCUGCCUGGGGCGGUAUGUUUAGCACCAUUGAUUGCACCCUGGUGCACUUCCGCAAGAAGGAGGAUCCGUGGAAUUCCAUUAUCAGUGGUGCUGCCACUGGUGGCAUUCUGGCAGCUCGCAACGGUCUGGCCUCAAUGGCUGGCAGUGCCAUCAUUGGCGGCAUAUUGCUCUCAUUAAUCGAGGGUGUUGGCAUUCUCUUAACCCGCAUCUCGGCCGAACAAUUCCGUAAUCCUGUGCCACCAACGGAUCCACAUGAUGCCAAUAUCAAUAUGAUGGAUGCGGAUUCGUCCAGUGCAUUUGGCUUUGGAUCACGCACUCCAAAUGUUAAUACCUAAAUCUAAAUUUGUUCAUAGUUUUCACGUAGAUAAUAUUAUGACAUGUUGCUCAAGUUGAUCUCAAUGCGAGCGUAAUGGCAAUAUAACGUAUACUACUCCAUAUAAAUAGGGUGGAGCUUUUGGUCAA